ACAAGUGUCACGUUUUUGAGGAGAGCGUCUGACCACCAGCGCGGUGGUCUCAUGUCUGCGCAGAGUGUUCCCCUUUAGAAGUCAAAACAGCAUGUGAUUUGAUUUCAUGCUCUUUUGUCCUUUAACUAGUCUGAUAACAGGGACGGAAAAAAGCAAUGAUGUGUUUGUGUGUGCGUGCGUGUGUGUAACCACUCUCCAUCAUCCCCUAGCAGAGCAUCCAUUAGCCUCAGACCCCCUCCCCAGUUGCCCAGUGAUAAAGUAAACAAGGUGUGUUUGACCAACCCGGCGCGCAAAUAUUUGUACUGGAAGCUGCCUCAUCCGACACGAGACACACGUCUACAGCCCUGCGCUGCGGUAUAUAUACGGUGGCAAUCCCGAUGAACCGCUAUCAUAUAUGCACACGCACGCACAGAAACGUCGACCCGUCAGUGCCCGACCUCUCCACCUGGAUACAGACUGAAGGUCUCAAACAGGUUUGUAAACCAAGAUGGCUGCGGGCGUCAUCAGAAACUUCCUCAUCCAGUCCCCGGCUCCGUCCUACUUCCCCAUGAUUUUCCAGAACUCUCCAUGCAAGGAACACGAAGACGAGACGCUGCAGGAAGAGCUAAAAGUGAGAGAAGACGAAGAAGAGGAGGAGGACGAAGAGUCUGAAGCUCAGGAGGAGGAGGAGGAGGAGGAGGAAGAGGAAGAAGAGGAAGAGGAAGAAGAGGAGGAGGAAUGUUUAGAGGAGGUUUUCUUGAACCCUGCUCACUGCUCUCUGGACGUGACCAAGCAGCUGCUGAGGUUCGCAGACCUGAUCAGUCGAGACGUCCAGCGGUACUUUGGCCGAUCCUGCGGCGACCAAGAAGCGUGCGACAUCUACAGCGACUCCGUCUCCAUCACGACCAGCGGGCGUUUGCGUUACUACGACGACCUGCUGAGGAUAGCGAGAGCGGGAAGCCCAGAGGAGCAAGAGAACAUCUUGGCAACUGGCGCCGAUGGUCCAGGGGCCCUCGUCGCCAAGGGCAACAGCGGCCUGGGCCCCCUGGCCGAACUAUUCGACCUCAGGGGCCCGAGUCACGGCCCGGGGCAGCCGAUGAUCAAGCGACACCUCCCGCUCAGUUUCUGGACCGAGCCGGUGCCCUGCUGCUCCCUGGUCACUUUUGUCAACGCGCCCGACGUCUCGCACGCAAACGGCGGCGCGCCUUCGCAGGAGGCGACGGACGCUCACGCAAACCUGCACUACAACCCGCUCCCGCACCUAAGCGCGCACGCGCUGGACGGCACCCAGCCAGACUUCAGCGACCUGCUGGCCAACUGGGACCCCAACCCUGAGCUCGCUCACGCGCUGACGGACAACACACACAUGCAGCAUUAGGCCGACGCCUCGGUGGGCGUGAAGAGCUUUGACACAAGCAAAGGAAAACCUGCCGCACCUACCAGUGUGUUGUUUUCACUAAAGCAGAGACAAACGUUGUGUCACCAGCUUGCGACUGCCGUUCAGUUUG